AUGGCAGAACAAGAAGAAGAAGAUUCUAAAGUUAGCUCUCCCCAGCCUCCUCACCCUGUUUUGGAGGUCAUAUGCGAAAGUCUGGCAAAGACUAGCCGCUUUGCGGCAGGCACCAAGGCGGGAUUUGCUGUGUCUUUGAUAAACAGGAAGUUGGAUAUUGGGGCACCUUUUGUUUUGCAUAUUGAAGCAGUUAAGGAUGGGGAGGAACCCAUUAGUUUUGGCCCGGAUGCUGUGCUUGUUGAUUAUGGCAAUGGAUGGAAGUUGCAAACAGUUACUGUGUUAGAUUAUGGUGGUGUUAGACAAACAGAGCAUUUUCGGCAGAUUCCAACACAGCAGAAUUCUGAUGGUUCACGUCCUGCAAAGACAGCUUCCAAACCAGGCAUUGGUUUUGUGUACAUUGCAAAGAUAGUAGUAGCCUUCAUUUUGCUUUUUGUGCUUGGUGCAAUUUUCACACUAGCUCUUGAGAAUCUUCCUAGACUCAUAUUGUCUGGUUAUUAUUUCUUGGUUCUUUGCUGUGCAAGCCUUCUCAUCCCAACAAGCUGCAACAGUAAGCAUAUUCCCUUGUUUAUAUUUGGUGAUUCAUUUUUCGAUGCUGGAAACAAUAACUACAUACGCAAUGCAUCUGAGCGGGCAAACUUCUGGCCUUAUGGGGAAACCUUCUUCAAGUAUCCCACUGGGAGAUUUUCAGAUGGUCGACUAAUUCCAGAUUUUAUUGCUGAGUAUGCAAAGUUGCCGCUCAUUCCUCCAUAUCUGCAACCUGGCAAUCACCAAUGGACAGAUGGGUUGAACUUUGCAUCUGGAGCAGCUGGUGCUCUAGCUCAAACCAGACCUGCUGGAUCGGUGAUAGACCUCAAUACGCAAGCAAUUUAUUUCAAGAAUGUGGAGAGGCAACUGAGUCAGAAACUGGGGGAUACAGAAACUAAGAAAUUGUUGUCUAAAGCUAUCUACAUGUUCAGCGUUGGCAGCAACGACUACGUAGUACCUUUCAUUACAAACUCCACUGUUCUUCAACUCUACUCCGAAAAAGAGUAUGUCGAGAUGGUCAUCGGCAAUAUAACAACUGUGAUCAAAGAAAUAUAUAAGAAUGGAGGAAGGAAAUUUGUGUUUCUCAGCAUGGGUCCUUUGGGCUGUGUGCCACUUCUGCGUGCAUUAAAACACAAUAGCACAGGUGGUUGCAUGGAUGAACUCACGGUGUUAACAAAACUCCACAACAGCGCACUCAUUGAAGUCCUCAAGGAGCUCCAGACACAGCUUCAAGGGUUUAAAUACUCUUAUUUUGAUUUCUACGCUUCGUUAAGUGAAAGAAUUAAUCACCCUUCAAAAUAUGGUUUUAAGAAGGGGAGAGUGGCAUGUUGUGGCAGUGGUCCAUACAGAGGAAUCUUGACUUGCGGUGGGAGGGGAGCAGCAGAGUACGAACUAUGUGAUAAUCCCAAUGACUACUUGUUCUUUGAUGGUGGUCAUCUCACCGACAAAGCCAACAAUCAACUUGCAAAGUUGAUGUGGAGUGGCAAUUCUAAUGUAAUAUGGCCUUACAAUCUUAGAACAUUGAUCGAAGAGUAG